CCGGGGAGGGAGUCCCGGGCGCAGCAUCCUGGCGCGGGCUGGGGCCGCCGCCGCCACUGCCGUCGGGUAAGGUCCCAGCACGGACAUGGCCUCGCGCGGCGCCCGCCCGGGCCCGAGUCCCCCGCGCCCCGCUUUGUAGCCCCCCGGCGGAGAGGCGGCCUCGACGGUGCGGACGGCGCAGACGGCCGGGCGGGCGGCAUGGAGGCGGCGCACCUGCUCUCGGCCGCCGACGUGCUGCGCCACUUCUCGGUGACAGCCGAGGGCGGCCUGAGCCCGGCGCAGGUGACCGGCGCGCGGGAGCGCUACGGCCCCAACGAGCUCCCGAGUGAGGAAGGGAAGUCCCUGUGGGAGCUGGUGCUGGAACAGUUUGAGGACCUCCUGGUGCGCAUCCUGCUGCUGGCCGCCCUUGUCUCCUUUGUCCUGGCCUGGUUCGAGGAGGGCGAGGAGACCACGACCGCCUUCGUGGAGCCCCUGGUCAUCAUGCUGAUCCUCGUGGCCAACGCCAUUGUGGGCGUGUGGCAGGAACGCAACGCCGAGAGUGCCAUCGAGGCCCUGAAGGAGUAUGAGCCUGAGAUGGGCAAGGUGAUCCGCUCGGACCGCAAGGGCGUGCAGAGGAUCCGUGCCCGGGACAUCGUCCCAGGGGACAUUGUAGAAGUGGCAGUGGGGGACAAAGUGCCUGCUGACCUCCGCCUCAUCGAGAUCAAGUCCACCACGCUGCGAGUGGACCAGUCCAUCCUGACGGGUGAAUCUGUGUCCGUGACCAAGCACACAGAGGCCAUCCCAGACCCCAGAGCUGUGAACCAGGACAAGAAGAACAUGCUGUUUUCUGGCACCAAUAUCGCAUCGGGCAAAGCGGUGGGUGUGGCCGUGGCCACCGGCCUGCACACGGAGCUGGGCAAGAUCCGGAGCCAGAUGGCGGCAGUCGAGCCCGAGCGGACGCCGCUGCAGCGCAAGCUGGACGAGUUUGGACGGCAGCUGUCCCACGCCAUCUCUGUGAUCUGCGUGGCCGUGUGGGUCAUCAACAUCGGCCACUUCGCCGACCCGGCCCACGGUGGCUCCUGGCUGCGCGGCGCUGUCUACUACUUCAAGAUCGCCGUGGCCCUGGCGGUGGCGGCCAUCCCCGAGGGCCUCCCGGCUGUCAUCACUACAUGCCUGGCACUGGGCACGCGGCGCAUGGCACGCAAGAACGCCAUCGUGCGAAGCCUGCCGUCCGUGGAGACCCUGGGCUGCACCUCAGUCAUCUGCUCCGACAAGACGGGCACGCUCACCACCAAUCAGAUGUCUGUCUGCCGGAUGUUCGUGGUCGCCGAGGCCGAUGCGGGCUCCUGCCUUUUGCACGAGUUCACCAUCUCGGGUACCACGUAUACCCCCGAGGGCGAAGUGCGGCAGGGGGAUCAGCCUGUGCGCUGCGGCCAGUUCGACGGGCUGGUGGAGCUGGCGACCAUCUGCGCCCUGUGCAACGACUCGGCGCUGGACUACAACGAGGCCAAGGGUGUGUACGAGAAGGUGGGAGAGGCCACGGAGACAGCUCUGACUUGCCUGGUGGAGAAGAUGAACGUGUUUGACACCGACCUGCAGGCUCUGUCCCGGGUGGAGCGAGCUGGCGCCUGUAACACGGUCAUCAAGCAGCUGAUGCGGAAGGAGUUCACCCUGGAGUUCUCCCGAGACCGGAAGUCCAUGUCUGUGUACUGCACGCCCACCCGCCCUCACCCUACCGGCCAGGGCAGCAAGAUGUUUGUGAAGGGGGCUCCUGAGAGUGUGAUCGAGCGCUGCAGCUCAGUCCGCGUGGGGAGCCGCACAGCACCCCUGACCCCCACCUCCAGGGAGCAGAUCCUGGCAAAGAUCCGGGAUUGGGGCUCAGGCUCAGACACGCUGCGCUGCCUGGCACUGGCCACCCGGGACGCGCCCCCAAGGAAGGAGGACAUGGAGCUGGACGACUGCAGCAAGUUUGUGCAGUACGAGACGGACCUGACCUUCGUGGGCUGCGUAGGCAUGCUGGACCCGCCGCGACCUGAGGUGGCUGCCUGCAUCACACGCUGCUACCAGGCGGGCAUCCGCGUGGUCAUGAUCACGGGGGAUAACAAAGGCACUGCCGUGGCCAUCUGCCGCAGGCUUGGCAUCUUUGGGGACACGGAAGACGUGGCGGGCAAGGCCUACACGGGCCGCGAGUUUGAUGACCUCAGCCCCGAGCAGCAGCGCCAGGCCUGCCGCACCGCCCGCUGCUUCGCCCGCGUGGAGCCCGCACACAAGUCCCGCAUCGUGGAGAACCUGCAGUCCUUUAACGAGAUCACUGCCAUGACUGGCGAUGGAGUGAACGACGCACCAGCCCUGAAGAAAGCAGAGAUCGGCAUAGCCAUGGGCUCAGGCACGGCCGUGGCCAAGUCGGCGGCAGAGAUGGUGCUGUCAGAUGACAACUUUGCCUCCAUCGUGGCUGCGGUGGAGGAGGGCCGGGCCAUCUACAGCAACAUGAAGCAAUUCAUCCGCUACCUCAUCUCCUCCAAUGUUGGCGAGGUCGUCUGCAUCUUCCUCACGGCAAUUCUGGGCCUGCCCGAAGCCCUGAUCCCUGUGCAGCUGCUCUGGGUGAACCUGGUGACAGACGGCCUACCUGCCACGGCUCUGGGCUUCAACCCGCCAGACCUGGACAUCAUGGAGAAGCUGCCCCGGAGCCCCCGAGAAGCCCUCAUCAGUGGCUGGCUCUUCUUCCGAUACCUGGCUAUCGGAGUGUACGUAGGCCUGGCCACAGUGGCUGCCGCCACCUGGUGGUUUGUGUAUGACGCCGAGGGACCUCACAUCAACUUCUACCAGCUGAGGAACUUCCUGAAGUGCUCCGAAGACAACCCGCUCUUUGCCGGCAUCGACUGUGAGGUGUUCGAGUCACGCUUCCCCACCACCAUGGCCUUGUCCGUGCUCGUGACCAUUGAAAUGUGCAAUGCCCUCAACAGCGUCUCGGAGAACCAGUCGCUGCUGCGGAUGCCGCCCUGGAUGAACCCCUGGCUGCUGGCGGCUGUGGCCAUGUCCAUGGCCCUGCACUUCCUCAUCCUGCUCGUGCCGCCCCUGCCUCUCAUUUUCCAGGUGACCCCACUGAGCGGGCGCCAGUGGGUGGUGGUGCUCCAGAUAUCUCUGCCUGUCAUCCUGCUGGAUGAGGCCCUCAAGUAUCUGUCCCGGAACCACAUUCACGCCUGUCUUUAUCCAGGCAUUCUCAGGACAGUCUCGCAGGCCUGGAGUAGGCAGCCGCUGACCACCUCUUGGACCCCAGACCACACCGGAAGAAAAGAGCCAGAAGUGAGCGCUGGGAACAGAGUGGAGUCUCCGGUGUGUACCUCAGACUGAUGGUGCCCAUGUGUUCGCCUCUGCCUCCCACCCCUGCCACCACACUUGCCCACUUGCCCACCGGGUCCCGCCGGAUAAAUGACAGGCCCGAGGUCAGAAUGGCCAUCCCCGGGCCCCGUCCUGGGGUCUCUGUCCCCACUUCCUUCUGGCCUGGGAGGUCUGUAAUUCCUGUCUCCUGGACUUUCCUGGGAAGUUCCCCGCUCUGCAGCUCUGGCCCAGGAGCUGCAGGCUGGGAGGGGGCAGCCAAGAAGCCAGAGCUGGCAGCACACCCAGAGAUCCGGGGCCCCCCCACCCCCAAAUCACAAGUCCAGCUGGAGCUUGCUCCCCCUUGCUCGGAAGCUGGACGUUCACUUGGUGACUGGUGCCUCUGCACUGACGGAGGACUCCUGAGGGUCCUUCUUACCGGCUCUGACCUCUCCCUUCGUGCCUGGUCUGGGACUGGGGCAGCCCUGGGGGAUCAGAAGGGGCCAUCUGGGCCCAGCUGUGUACAGCGAGGGCGGGCAGCCCCCUCCACUCCACUCUGCUUCCACAAAGUCGGCUCCCGAGAGCUUGAGGCUGCUUCUGUUUAUAUGUGCAGGGCCCGGGGGGGUGAAGGGUCAGAGAGACGGACACAAGGAGCCAGGAGGAGGGCAGAGCUAUGUGCAGGGCCCAGGGGGUGAAGGGUCAGAGAGACGGACACAAGGAGCCGGGAGGAGGGCGGAGCGAGGAUGUCCUUUCCCGGGAGACAAGUCGGGAAAGCCUGGCUGGACUGCCUCAGCCCCGCUCGCCUCCUGGACUCAGGGUUCCCCGUCCUGAGCUCAGGAGACGUUCAGAGUCACACUGCCGCCUGGUCUGCCACGCAGAGGUCCAACUUGCCACCCGCGUCCCUGGUACCUGAGACCACCGACAUCCUCAGGUUCCUGACCGUGGCGCCCUUCUACCCAGCCCAGUGUGUGCCGCCGUGCUGUCUGCACAGCUGGGGGCCUCUGAGCCUGGUGGGCUUCCUGGACUCUUGGCCUCACUCCUUGCCCCCUCCCCACGACACCCAUGAGCCAAAAGGAUGUCACUAAGGAUGGCUGAUUCCCCAAGGGCACCCGCUCUCCCUCCCUGCUGGAGGGACACGUCAUGUCAGAUGAGAGGAAGAUGGCCUCUGAUGGACAGAAUUUUUCUCUUAACUCAGCUUUUGCUACUUUGGCAAAAACUAGCGAGGGGUAGCAGAAACCUGCACCAAGGACUGUCCCUAUGUCUUGGCCCCUCCUAGAGCGUGUGCAGACUGAUGAUUUUAUAUGUAAAUCAAGACUCACAUCCCUUUCCUAGUGCCCCACAUGCAAAGCCCCUCAGCCUGCCUGGCAGACCAAUGGGCUCCAUGUUCUGUAGCCCCCUCCCCCACGCCUCCCCCCUCCUCCCUCUCACAGGUUCUGGGCGGCCAGUGAGAGAAACGCAGUGGGGGAGGCGGGGAGUCUGGUGCCUGCAGAGAUUCUCUGCUUCUUUCCUGGGGGGAGGUGGGGAGGUCUUAGCAGGAGCGGGCCCUGUACCCACCUGCUGACAUGCUGUUUGGUAGGGAAAUAAAAGUUGUGUGACUG